AUGGCGCGCGGGAGGGAGGGCAAGCGCGCACGGGGCGGGGGGAGGGGCCGGGGGCGGGCUGCGCAGGGGGGCGCCAAGAAGGCGAAGCGGGGCGAGAAGGCGGACGCGAAGGUCACGAGAAGGGCUGCGAACAGGCUCACGCUCGAGGAGAUCGAGUCAGACCGACUGACGCAGCUCGCCAAGCAGCACUGGCAGGGGGACGGGCAGCCCUUCGACGCGGGCGUCGUGAAGAAGAUCUACGAGGAGGAACUGCGGCCACGCGGGGACAAGGGCCACCGCGCCGCGGCCAGGCAGCAGCGGCUGCGCCUCCUCGAGCUGUCGCAGUACCUGGAGCGCUACCUGUGGCCGAACUUCGACGAGGAGGGCGCGUCCCGCGAGCACGUCCUGUCCGUCAUGAUCAUGGUCAACGAGAAGAUCCGCGAGGGCCUCGACGCGUGGCCGGCCGCGCCCCCCGACGCCGACGCCGGCGCCGGGCCCGUGCCGGCGCUCUUCCGCCGCAUCGCCGCGCUCUGGAACGCCGACGGCGACGACGCGCUGGGCCCCUGGGAGUCCGUCGCGUUCGUGCACUUCCUCGUGAACGCGUUCGGCUCCCUCGAGAACGAGGGCGUGCGGGCGCAGGCGCUGCGGCUGGUGUCGCUGCCGGUGUGGCACGCGCUGUCGCCGGGGCGGCUCGAGCUCGAGCUGCACGCGCACCCGCAGGUCGCGAAGCACUGGCGGGCGCUCGCGAAGAAGGAGGCGAAGGCCGCGAAGAGGGCGGGAAAGCAGCACGUGCCGGUGCAGGAGCGGCCCGAGGGCAGCUUCCUGCCCGCGGUGCUGCGGACGUUCCUGGAGCGCGUGGCGCAGCCCGUGGAGCUGCCGGACGCCGAGGACGCGGCGAAGAUGGAGGUGGAGGAGGAGGCGGCCGCGAAGGCGGGCGGCGGCGGUGAGGGGGGCGCGCUGGUGAGCGUGGGGCUGGUGGACAGCGACGGGGAGGACGAGGGCGGGAGCGGCUCGGAGGACGAGGACGGGGCGGCGGAGGCGGAGGCGGAGGCGGAGGCGGAGGGAGGCGGCGCGUUGGAGGGCGGGAGUGACAGCAGCGACGCGGAGGAGGUCGCGGGGGCGAACGGGGACGGGGCGGGGAAGCGGCGGAAGCCGCGGAUGGACUGGGCGCGGAUCAGGUUCUGCGAGCGCAUGGUGGAGCUCCUCAUCGACCUGCUGUCGCAGCUCCCGACGCGGCGCUUCGUGCACGCGCUCGUCGAGGACCUCGCGCUCCUCCCGCGCCUCCGCGCGUCCCCGCUCUACGCGCACCCGCGCCACGGCGACCUCUUCCGUCAGCUGGUCGACCUCCUGCAGUUCUUCGCGGCCUUCCCCAUCGACAACCACACCGGCGAGCAGCAGAGCGACGAGGACCUCCUGCGGGCCUCGUACGACCGCGCGCAGCAGCUCCAGCGCCUCGCGUUCACCUUCCUGCCGAAGCUCCGCGAGCUGGCGUACUGCGCGUGCCGCGACGUGAUGACGCGGCGCACGAUGGCGGCGCACCUCGGCGCGCUCGACGACGACGAGCUCACGGAGCUCGCGGCGCGCACGCUGCGCGUCGUCUCCGAGGCGGUCUGCGCCGCGAAGGGCGCGGGUCCCGCGGUGGCGCGCGAGGCGCUGCUGCUGCACUUUGAGCGGCGCAAGGGGCUGCGGAGCGUGAUCAACAGCAUGCCGCUGUACCCGACGGAGAACGUCCUGUGGGACGACCGCCAGGUGCCGACCACGCACUGGGGCGGCGAGGGCUGUCUGCCCCUGCCGAAGCUGAACAUGCAGUUCCUGUCCUACCAGGACUACCUGAUGCGGAACUUCCACCUGUACCGCCUGGAGUCGACGUACGAGGUGCGCGAGGACGUCCUCGACGCGCUGCGCCGCGUCCGCCCCGUGCUCACGCACGAGGGCGUCACGGCCUUCGAGGGGUGGGCGCGGAUGGCGACGCCCAUCAGCGCGUUCGAGAUCGUCGAGGUCCGCAAGCCGAACGUCGGCGAGGCGCGGCCCGCGGAGGUCGUCGCGGAGCUGCGCUUCGAGACGCGGUCGUUCCGCCCGGACGUGCGCGCGGAGUGGGACGAGGUCAAGCAGCACGACGUGCUCUUUCUCUUGACGGUGCGCGCGCCGUCGGCGCUCGAGGCGAUGCGCGCGCGGUCGGGGCGCGCGGCCGAGGACGCGCGCGCGAAGCGCUCGCUCGUGCACAUCCGCGGGUGCGAGGUCCUCGAGGUGCGCGCCGGCGCGGGCAAGCUGAUGAACGACUUCACGGGGCGGGUGCGCGUGGAGGACCAGCGGCCGCCGCAGGGCACGGCGCGGACGCUGCUGCUGUCGCUCGACACGGCGCAGUACCAGCUCGACAUCGAGAACGCGGCCGCGGGCGGUGUUGUGGGCGAGGACGUGUACGCGGGGUUCAACCUGCUGCUCCGGCGCAAGGCCAAGGAGAACAACUUCCGGUCGGUGCUCGAGAGCAUCAGGGACCUGCUGAACGACGAGGAGGUGGCGCUGCCGGACUGGCUGCACGACGUGUUCCUGGGGUACGGCGACCCGGGGUCGGCGGCGUGGCACCGGCUCGAGGACAGGGGCGGCGUGGCGAAGACGGUCGACUUCCUGGACACGUUCCUGGACGAGCAGCACGUCGUGGAGUCGUUCCCGGGGUACGACGUCCAGUUCAAGGUCGACGAGGGCCAGGCCGUCGCCCCGCCGUUCCGCGUCACCUUCCCCGACGACGACCACCCGGACCCGGCCGUCGUCGGCGCCGCGGUGGCCGGCUGCGCGACGCGCGAGUCCCGCCCGCCGCUCCUCGUGCAGCCCUACUCGCCGCCGGACCCCGGACCGUACCCGCAGGACCAGCCCCGGCGCAACACGGUCCGGUUCACGCCGACGCAGGUCGAAGCCAUCCGGGGGGGCGUCCACCCCGGUCUGUCGAUGAUCGUGGGGCCGCCCGGGACGGGCAAGACCGACACCGCGGUGCAGAUCAUCAACGUCAUGUACCACAACCACCCGGGCCAGCGCGUCCUCCUCGUCGCGCACUCGAACCAGGCCCUGAACGACCUCUUCACGAAGAUCAUGGAGCGGGACAUGCCCGCGCGGUAUCUGCUGCGGCUGGGCAUGGGCGAGCAGGACCUCGACACCACGAUCGACUUCUCGCGCGUCGGGCGCGUCAACGCCAUGCUCGCGCGCCGCAUCGAGCUCCUGGGCGAGGUGGAGCGCCUGGCCAAGCUGCUGGGGAGCCCCACGGACGUGGCGUACUCGUGCGAGACGGCGGGGCACUUUUGGCUGCUGCACGUGCUGGCGCGGUGGGAGAAGUUCCGCGCGGGGUGCGAGGCCGCGGCCGCGCGGGGGCGCGGGGGGGCCGAGGGCGAGUCGUCGCUGACGGACGUGGUGAAGGGGACGUUCCCGUUCACGGGGUACUUUGCAGACGCGCCGCAGCCGCUGUUCAAGGGGCGCUCGUUCGAGGAGGACAUGGAGAUCGCGCGGGGGUGUUUCCGACACCUCCGGGGGGUGUUCCAGGAGCUGGAGGAGUGCCGGGCGUUCGAGCUGCUCCGCGGGCAGGCGGACCGCGUCAACUACCUCAUGACGAAGCAGGCCAAGGUCGUCGCGAUGACGUGCACGCACGCGGCGCUCAAGAGGAGGGAGUUCCUGAAAGUCGGACUGCAGUACGACACGCUGGUCAUGGAGGAGGCCGGGCAGGUGCUCGAGAUCGAGACGCUCGUGCCCAUGCUGCUCCAGAACGCGGAGAGCGGGAAGAGCCGCCUGAAGCGCAUCGUGCUGAUUGGGGACCACAACCAGCUGCCGCCGGUGGUGCAGAACGUGGCCAUCCAGAAGUACGCGCGCAUGGAUCAGCCCAUGUUCACGCGCUUCGUCCGCCUCGGGGUGCCCUUCAUCCAGCUCAACGCCCAGGGCCGCUGCCGCGCCGACAUCGCCAAGCUCUUCAACUGGCGCUACAACAACCUGGGCGACCUGCCGCACGUGCAGUCCGCGCGGGGCUUCCAGGUCGCGAACCCGGGCUUCCGGUACACGUACCAGUUCGUCGACGUGCAGGACCCCGCCGGCGUCGGCGAGACGGCGCCGUUCCCGUACUUUUACCAGAACCUCGCAGAGGCCGAGUACGUCGUCAGCGUGUACCAGUACAUGCGCCUCCUCGGCUACCCGGCCUCCCGCAUCUCCAUCCUCACCACGUACAACGGCCAGAAGCACCUCAUCCAGGACGUCGUCGAGCAGCGCUGCGCCGCGCACCCCGCCUUUGGACGGCCCCGCAAGGUCGCGACGGUGGACAAGUACCAGGGGCAGCAGAACGACUACGUGCUGCUGUCGCUCGUGCGCACGCAGACGGUCGGGCACCUCCGCGACGUGCGGCGCUUGAUCGUCGCCAUGUCGCGCGCGCGCCUCGGGCUCUACGUCGUCGGCUGCCAGAGCCUGUUUGGCAACUGCUUCGAGCUGCGCCCGACGUUCGAGCAGCUCCUCGCGCGCCCGACGCAGCUCUGCCUCGUCCCGGGGGAGGGCUUCGCGGAGGGCGCGGAGCCGUGCGCGCGCGAGGCGGCCGCGGAGGUCGAGUCGCGGAUGGUCCCCGGGGUGGUGGAGCUGGCCAACAUGGUGGCCAGCAUGCAGCGGGCGUGGGAGGACGCGCGGGGCGGGGCCGCGGCGGUGGCGGCCGCGCGCGCGCCGCGGCCGCCGCCCGGAUCGCCACCGCGGCCGCAGCCCGCGGACCGCGCCGAGUAG